CCCUCCGGGUCCCCGGGCGGGCCUGGCACGGAGGCGGUAACUAUGGAGAACAUGGCGGUGGAGGAGCUGCUACCCCAGGAGAAGGAGGCGGUGGAGGUGGCCCAGGCCCAGGUCCCGACCCCGGCCCCGGACUCGGCUCGGAUCCCAGCUCCGGUCCCGGACCCGGCUCCGACGCCGGCCUCGGCGCCAGCCCCAGCCCCGGCCCCGGCUCCGGCCCUGUCCCCGUCCCUAGCCUCUGCCCCUGACGAGGCUGAAAGCAAGAGACACAUCUCAAUUCAGAGGCAGCUUGCUGAUCUAGAGAAGUUAGUUUUCAUAACUGAAGGGGAUUUUGACUCUGCCAGUUCAUUGAACUCAGAUAAUCUUGAAACAGGAAAAAAACAGGCUUGCCCAUUGUGCCCUAAGGAGAAAUUCAGAGCCUGUAAUAGCCAUAAGCUUCAUCGUCACCUUCAAAAUUUACACUGGAAGGUUUCAGUUGAAUUUGAAGGUUACAGGAUGUGCAUCUGUCACUUACCUUGUCGACCAGUGAAACCAAAUGUUAUUGGAGAACAGAUAUCCAGUAAAAUGGGCGCCCAUUAUCACUGUAUUAUUUGUUCAGCAACGAUCACCAGGAGGACUGAUAUGCUAGGACAUGUUAGGCGCCAUGUGAAUAAAGGAGAGACUAAGUCCAAGUAUGUUGCUGCUUCUACUGCUAAACCACCUAAUGAAAUUUUGAAAGAGGCAGACACAGAUAUUCAAGUUUGUCCUAACUAUUCUGUACCUCAGAAAACAGAUUCCUAUUUUAAUCCCAAAAUGAAACUAAAUAGGCAGCUAAUAUUCUGUACACUGGCUGCUUUGGCUGAAGAACGAAAACCUUUGGAAUGUCUAGAUGCCUUUGGAGCCACUGGGAUAAUGGGAUUACAAUGGGCAAAACAUCUUGGAAAUGCAGUCAAGGUUACAAUUAAUGACUUGAAUGAAAACUCUGUGACAUUGAUUCAGGAAAACUGCCAUUUAAACAAGUUGAAAGUGGUGGUAGACAGCAAAGAAAAAGAAGAGAGUGAUGAUGAUAUCCUUAAAGAAGGGGAGGAAAACCUUGGUAAUAUUAAGGUGACAAAAAUGGAUGCCAAUGUACUGAUGCAUUUGAGAUCUUUUGAUUUCAUACACCUAGACCCUUUUGGAACAUCAGUGAACUAUCUAGAUUCUGCAUUCAGAAAUAUAAGAAACCUUGGCAUAGUGUCAGUGACUUCUACAGAUAUCAGCUCUUUAUAUGCCAAGGCCCAACAUGUGGCCCGGCGUCAUUACGGCUGUAACAUUGUCCGAACCGAGUAUUACAAGGAACUCGCAGCCAGAAUUGUUGUAGCUGCAGUGGCAAGAGCUGCAGCACGAUGUAACAAAGGCAUAGAAGUGCUGUUUGCAGUGGCUCUGGAACAUUUUGUGUUGGUGGUUGUGAGAGUUUUGAGGGGACCUACUUCUGCAGAUGAAACAGCCAAGAAGAUUCAGUACCUGAUCCAUUGUCAGUGGUGUGAAGAGAGAAUUUUUCAAAAGGAUGGUAAUAUGGUAGAAGAAAACCCAUACAGACAGCUACCCUGUAACUGUCAUGGAAGCAUGCCUGGAAAGACAGCAAUAGAACUUGGACCUCUGUGGUCAAGUUCCCUUUUCAAUACGGGAUUUCUCAAAAGAAUGCUGUUUGAAUCUGCUCACCACGGUUUAGAUGACAUUCAGGCCCUAAUAAAGACAUUAAUCUUUGAGUCAGAGUGUACUCCUCAAAAAGAAUAUGGUGUAUUUAUUAAAACGACAGAUGAUACAACAGAUAAUUACUCUGCACAAGGAAAAAGAAAAAGUAAUGAAACAGUCACAAAUUUAGCCAAGAGGCAAAAGACUGAUGUCAGUGCUGAACAUCCUCCCUUUUAUUACAAUAUCCACAGACACAGCAUUAAAGGAAUGAAUAUGCCAAAGUUAAAAAAGUUUUUGUGCUAUCUUUCUCAAGCAGGCUUUCGAGUAAGCCGAACUCAUUUUGACCCAAUGGGUGUUCGUACAGAUGCACCUCUGAUACAAUUUAAAGCUAUCCUUUUAAAGUACAGCACCCCCACCUACACUGGAGGACAGUCAGAGGGCCAUGUCCAGUCAGCAUCUGCAGAUACAGUAGCUGACAGGCUUGAAAUGUCAGUGAAUGACAAGGCAGAAGCAAGCAGUUGAAGAUGGUAAAUAGAGAAGAGUGAAUCCCAGAUGUCUGUCUAGACAACUUAAUAGUUCUCUUUAUCAACUGCAGUUCUUUUUCUAGUCUUUCAAUUCGUGGUAUAAAUAUUUUAAAAAACAGUGCUGUUUUCAUUCAGAAAAUUAGCAGUUUCUAACUUAGCUAGUUCAGGAGCUAUGCUUUCCAAAUUUUUCUUACUUUAAAGAAAACAAUUUUAAUGAAAACAUUUCAUAUGCAGCAAAGUUUAUGAUUGAGAUCACCCUACUACUUAGUAAUUGUGUGUGUUAGAGAAGCCAUCAUUUACUCUUAAUCAUAUCUCUACUUAAACUGAUUCAUGAUGCUUAAUUUACAUUUUUCUGUUUUAGUGUACAAAAUGAAGUCAGAAGCCUUUUACAUAUUAAAAUGACCCUAAAUAGUUCACAGUUAUAUUCCUAGCACCUCACACAAUCGCUGGUGCUCAAUAAAUGUUUGUUGAAUGAAAUUUUUUAAAAAGACCCUAAAUAGAAUAGGAAGAACAAUGUGCUUUCAGGUCACUAAUGGAUUUCACAAUUACAAAGUUAAAAUGUGUUCCCAAUUUUAAGAAAUCACACCUUUCCCCACAGUGAUCUUUUAUUACUAGCUUUUGAGAAAAACACUUGCCUGAGAUAGUACAUUUUCCUUACAAGUUUAAGGUCUAGAUGAAGGUUUUUGUCAAGGCAAAUUGAAACCACUGUUCUAAUAAUUGUUCACAAGCACUGAAUUCUGAAGAGAGGUUUUAUUGUAAAUUGGGUGAUCUCAAGUGCCUCAGUUAAUGCACAUACAAUAUUCAUUUGCUUGGUUGUGCUACCUCUCAGAAGUAAAACUUGUCACCCUCUUAUAAAUUUAUGAAGUUAGGAUUUUUGUGGGGGGAUUGUUUCUGUGUAUUUUGGGGUGUAUGCUAAUUUUUUGUAUAAGUAGUUCUGGCUAAUAUGACUAUGAAAAUUAGUUGGAAAAAAAUCUUGUUCCAUGAAUAAAUAUUGUUCUUGCUUUAUUUGAA